CCGUCUCACCGUCAUUCUUAUCGCUGCGGUCGCUCCGCUGUCGACAUAUCUAGGUAAUUACGGGGGCAUUCGUUGACUCACCGAGCUACCUCGCCCCCACCGAGAUAAGGAUUUGCGUCCGGCCCCCGAGGCUCUCGAUCGAUCACCAUAAUGCAGCCCUCACCGUCUACUUCGCAUCAGACCGCUCCCAGCCCCAGCAAGCCCGCCCGCCAUAAUAGUCGACUUGGUGACUCCCAGUCAGGAACCACGCGUGGCUACGAGACUCCUGGAUCGGACCGUGCAGGCAGCCGAUCGGGAACAAUCAAGUCGGCCAAACGGAAGAAACCCCGUCAUCGGAAGCGUCGUCAUCGCCGCCAAUCCUUUCUGGGGGGUGCAGAAGAUCCUCACCCGGCCGCACCCCAUGCCUCGAUCCCCGAUGCAGAGAACACCAGCAUUAUGGCAGCGGAUCAGACGAAGCCUCAAGCGGCCUUGCCGUUCUACAAGCUGGGUAGGGGGCUCAGUAGCACUAGCCUAGAGAGUGAAGCCUUACUGGACCACCGCCAUCAACCGCCCAUGAGGCCGCGGAGAGACAGCCGCUUGGCUCAGUCCUACCGUCCGGGCUCCUCAUCCACCCCUUUGCGUCCCAUCGACUCGGGUUCGCGUACCCUCCCGGCCGGGGCCAGAGUGGAAGCUCACAGCGACGAUGAAGAAGUGAAUGAUCGGACUCCAUUGAUGCUGCCGUCCUCCGGCCAUACUCCCAGCUUGCCUCGAUACGGCUCUGAUUUCAGGUCGAGCCCCCUCUCUUUCCCCCAGCUACGGCCUGUCUCUAGCCGCUCAAGUUCAUCACGAUGCUCGCCUCGAGCGAUACAGAGCCCCAAGUUUCCCGAGCCAGAUCACGAUUAUGAUAUCAAUAACCCCCCGUCCAUGCCAACCUCGCCGAAACUGGGACCCGAGAUGAACUAUGAUGAUGCGGUGGUAACGGGGGCUGAGUUUGACUUUUCGCUGGCCAAGUCGAUUGAUAAUCGGAUGGAACAACUGGCUCGCACGCAUGAUUUGUUGAUUGAUGUUGAUGGGGCCAAUAAUCGUCCUACAACCUCCGGGUCUUCACCGGCUUCGCCCCACAUUAUGCCCCAGGAGCGUCUCCGUCGUCGUACAACCUUCCCUGCUGAAGAGGAUGUUUGCUUUCCAACUGAGGUUGUUUCAGAACUGGCCGAAGAAGAUGCACAGAGAACAGCCAGAGAAGGCUAUCGUCGGAGACGACGGCUCCGGGAAUGGCCUGAUCUAUCUGUCCUGGAAGACUGGAGUCGCCAGGAGAAAGAGGAACGAUCGGGGGCUUAUCGCGCGAAAAAAAUUAGCGAGCCCAUGCUCGUCGAGGGUCGCCUUCGUCCUCAAUACCGACUCUGGCGACGUGAAGAAGAGGAAGCCCCCUACCGAUUCACUUACUUCAAUGAAGAGUUUCAGAGUACUAUUCAUGCCCAGACCAUUUCUGAGCUAUGCCAGCCUGGUGGCAGCUUUCGCGAGCUCUUCAUCCCUGACCCUCCUGAGUUGGAGGUCUCGUCCGACGAAGAUGACUCGGAGUCUCACCAGCAUGGCGAGGACACAACAGAUUACCACAACCAUCAUGCUAGCGGCAAUGAAGCCCGGGUAACAUCACCGAAUGGGAACACCCAUGGUGGCACUAGUAACACCCACCAGGGCCUCUCCAACAAUCAUAGACGACAGCCCCGGACAUCGAUCAUCAGUGAAGCUGUUUCAGAGGCACGCACACCGGUGGAUGCAUCUCCCCCACGGAAACCGCCUCAACCGAAACCCAAGCGGUAUGGGCCUCGACCGACCUUCUGGCUUGAUGUUCUCUCUCCAACAGACGCAGAGAUGCGCGUACUGGCCAAGGCGUUUGGUAUCCAUGCUUUGACAACCGAGGACAUCAUGAUGGAAGAGGCACGCGAGAAAGUUGAGCUGUUCCGGAACUAUUAUUUUGUGAAUUACCGGACCUUUGAGCAAGACCCUAACAGUGAAAACUACCUUGAACCCGUGAACAUGUAUGUGGUUGUCUUCCGGGAAGGUGUGCUGUCCUUUCAUUUCUCUCAGACUCCACAUCCAGCCAAUGUACGCCGACGUAUCCGACAACUGAUGGACUAUCUGAUUCUAAGCUCUGAUUGGAUUUCGUACGCGCUUAUCGACGAUAUUACAGAUGUGUUUGGUCCCUUGAUCCAGGCCAUUGAGGAUGAGGUUGAUGAGAUCGACGAGAAGAUCAUGCAGAUGCAUUCAGAUGAGCGCGGGAUAGGGCAAAACAAAGAUGGAGAUAAUGAGAGUGUAAAAACAUCUCUAGCCCCUGGUGAGAUGCUCCGGCGCGUGGGGGUCUGCCGCAAGAAGGUAAUGGGGAUGUACCGGCUCCUCAGCAACAAGGCGGAUGUUGUCAAGGGGUUUGCCAAACGGUGCAAUGAACAGUGGGAAGUGGCGCCCAAGUCGGAGAUUGGUCUCUAUCUGGGUGAUAUCCAAGAUCAUAUCAUGACGAUGACCAGCAGCCUGACCUACUACGAAACCCUUCUGUCGCGGGCGCAUUCCAACUACCUGGCGCAGAUCAAUAUCCUCAUGAAUGAGCGGCAGGAACAGACAGCCGACGUUCUGGGGAAGUUAACAGUGUUGGGGACGAUUGUCCUUCCGCUGAACAUCAUCUGCGGGAUGUGGGGGAUGAACGUGAAGGUCCCGGGACAAGAUGUCGACAGCCUGUCAUGGUUUUGGUCUAUCACAGCGGGGCUGGUUCUCUUUGCCUUCGCGUCUUUCUUGAUCGCGAAGCGCGUAUAUAAAAUUGUCUAAGCUGCCGCUUGGUCAGCUCCGAACUACUUAGACAUGGCUGGAGGAUACACGGAGUACGAAGAACGGUUG